AUGGCCACCCACACUCCGGCCGGUGUGCCGAUCCUUGAUAUUCGAGGGGAUACAUCCAACGAGUCCCUUGUUGAGACAUUGAAACAAUCGUUGAAUCCUCCUCAGGGCCAGCCGCGCACCUUCCCUACGCUGUUGCUUUACGAUGAAAAGGGCCUGAAAUUGUUCGAGGAGAUCACGUACCUCGAUGAGUAUUACCUCACGAACGCAGAGAUUGAGGCUCUCAAGCUGCACGCCGAAGAGAUCGUCGCACGGAUUCCAGAUGGCAGUCGGCUUGUGGAACUUGGUAGUGGGAACCUUCGAAAGGUGAACAUCCUUCUCGAAGCAUUCGAACGAGCCAAAAAGAGGGUCGACUACUUUGCUUUGGAUCUCUCAUUGCCCGAACUUAAACGGACCUUCGCUGAGCUGGACAUAAGUGCCUUCCACUAUGUCAGCUUCCAUGGGUUGCAUGGUACUUACGACGAUGGUCUGUUGUGGCUGGGACAACACCAGGCAGAUGGGGCCGCGACGUGUGUCAUGACAAUGGGCUCUUCCUUGGGAAACUUCACCCGUGAGAGCGCGGCUCAGUUCCUCGCUUCAUUCAAGAAGGCCUUGACAGCAUCAGACUUCAUGCUAGUCGGGCUCGAUGCAUGCCAGCAACCCGAGCGAGUCUUCCGCGCUUAUAAUGACUCUCCCCGUGUCACCGAGCAUUUCUACCGUAACGGGCUCGAGCAUGCCAACAACAUCCUUGGAUACGAAGCAUUCAAGGCGGACGAGUGGGGAGUGGACGGGCUUUUUGACGAAAAGUCAAACAAACACCAAGCAUCCUAUGUCGCCUUGAAGACGAUCCAUGUCAAAGACUUCACUUUCGAGAAAGGCGAGAAGAUCCAUCUUGAGGACGCUUUCAAGUAUUCCGAGGCGGAAAGUGAUGCACUUUGGCAUGCUGCGGGCCUCAUCCUGCAAAUGUCCUAUGGCAACGAGGCCAAUGAUUAUCGUCUCCAUCUUCUGUCUCCGUCCAGCAUUGACUUCCCCACCAAGCCAGCGGAGUUUGCAGCGAGUCCUGUUCCGUCUCAGAACGAUUGGAGGCAACUAUGGGCUGCUUGGGAUACCGUGACGAAGUCCAUGGUUCCGAGAGAUGAAUUGCUCAACAAACCAAUCAAGCUGAGAAAUGACCUGAUCUUCUAUCUGGGCCAUAUACCGACAUUUGCAGACAUCCAUUAUACCAAGGCUACAGGUAGCAAGCCUACAGAUCCGGCCUCCUAUCGUUCUAUCUUUGAACGUGGUGUUGAUCCAGAUGUGGACAACCCUGAGUUGUGUCAUGACCAUAGCGAGAUCCCAGAUGCAUGGCCUCCAUUGAAAGAGAUCCUGAUUUAUUCUGAACGUGUGAGAGCACGUAUAAUGGAGAGCACUGCAUCUGGUCUGGCGAAUUCGGAUCGCAAACUUGGCCGGGCGCUAUGGUUAGCAUAUGAGCACGAGGCGAUGCAUUUGGAGACAUUCAUGUACAUGCUCUUACAAAGUGAACGAAUCCUCCCGCCACCGGGCCAAGAAUCACCAGACUUCCGAGCUUUGGCAGCGGAAGCCAAGGCACAACGCGUCGAGAACCAGUGGCAUCACGUCCCCGCAAGCGAAGUCAAACUAGGUCUAGACGAUCCAGAGAACGAUCUGGGACCAGACAGGUACUUUGGCUGGGACAACGAAAGGCCAUCGCGCCAUGCGAGGGUCCACGAGUUCGAAGCUCAGAGCCGCCCUAUCAGCAAUGGCGAAUAUGCUCACUUCUUAGAAGUCACUCUCAAGAGCCCUCUUCCGGCAUCGUGGACUGCCUUGGCCAUGAAUGGCCAGUCCAUUGGCACCAAUGGUGUUAACGGCCAUGGAAAGGAUGCUCUCAGGAUGGCCAGUUCCGGUUUCGUUGAAGGCAAGGCUGUUCGAACAGUCUAUGGUCUCGUCCCUCUCAAAUACGCUCUGGAUUGGCCAGUCAUGGCCUCUUAUGACGAACUGGCCGCGUACGCCGAAUGGUCUGGUGGCCGUAUUCCAACCUUGGAAGAGGCUCGAAGCCUCUAUCAGUAUGUCGAGGAGCAAAAGAGCAUUCUUCAAAAGGUCCCGAGCAAGUUGAUUUCGGCGGUCAACGGGCAUCUUUCGAACGACGGAGUCGAAGAGACCCCGCCAUCAAGCUCUUUGUCUAACGGCGCCGUCAACGGCGGUGCCAAACAUCCCAAGCCAGACCCAGAUGAGCUCUUCAUCGAGCUCGAGGAUCGCAAUGUUGCCUUCCGCCACUGGCAUCCAAUGCCUGUGACGGGCAACGGCAGCCGCCUCUGCGGACAAAGCGAUCUUGGAGGUCUGUGGGAAUGGACCAGCACACCGUUGGCGCCACACGACGGCUUCAAGGCAAUGGACCUGUACCCCGGCUACACAGCCGACUUCUUCGACGACAAGCACAACGUCUGUCUCGGUGGUAGCUGGGCGACCGUGCCUCGCAUCGCGCUGAAGAAGACCUUUGUCAACUGGUACCAGAGGAACUAUCCCUAUGUAUGGUGUACGGCCAGGCUCGUCAGGGAUAUCGCAGUCUAG